CUUCCCGGCUGCCGGCGGCUCCUUCCCGCCCUGCUAUCCUCCGUGGCUAACCCCCUGCCUCUGAGCGGACCCCACCCGGUACGCUGAGCAGCUUUGAAGAGGACGAACAUUUUCCAACAACCUCAUCCUUCCUCUAAAAGCUGGGAACCAGGGACUUAUCCGUGGGAGCUGUGGUGGAGCCCCCCAUCUGCUUCAUGGCAGAACAACUUCCAGAAGAGGUGUUGGUGCUCAUCUUUCGCUGCCUCCCCCUCAGAGACCGUGCCACUGCUGCCAGUGUCUGCAGGGCCUGGGCCACCGCUGCCACCAGCAGUGCUGUGUGGCAUGACACCAACAUCAGUUGCGACUGUGAGCAGGAAGGCAUGUUGCCAUCAUAUCUGUACACCUACUUGGACUACGUUCACAAUCUACGGCUGGAAUAUGAGCCGUCGAGGAAGAUGAGUCGCCGGGUAGCCACAGAGCUGCUGAUUGCGCUGGCAGACCGUGCCCCAAGGCUGCGAGGCCUGCGCCUGGAGUGCCGUGGUGAAAAACCGCUAUUUGAUGCGGGCCGCGACAUCCUGGACGCUGUGCACACUGUCUGCAGGAACGCCUGUGAGCUGCGCCACCUCAAUCUUCGGUGCUUGCCCUUCACACUGGAUGACAAGUUGGUGCAGCAGGUGGCCCGUGGCUGCCCACAGCUUCGGAGCAUUUUCUUGGACAACCAUACACUGGUGGACAGUGUGAGGCCCAGCUCUGUACUUGAGCUACUGGAGGCCUGCCCACACCUGCGCGCCCUUGGACUGCACCUGGCCAGUCUAUCAUGUGCCGUCCUCCAGGUGCUGGCCGCGCCAGGUCGCGCACCUUUCGGGCUCCUGGCCCUGCAGUGCUCAUGCCCUGAAGAUGCACGCGCAUCCCCUGUACCCAACGAAUCCUGGGCGGCAUUGCGCUGCCGCCACCCUGGGCUGGCGGUGGAGCUGGAGCUUGAGCCUGUGCUGCCUGCUGACUGCGUGACGCGCGUCUUGCAGCCAGCAGUACCUGUGACUGUGCUGCGUCUCAACCUCUCCGGAGACUCCGUAGGUCCGGUGUAUUUCGUCGCGCACCACUAUGCUACAACCCUGCGCGUGCUCGAGGUGCGCACUUCCGCCUCACUGGAGCUAGACGCCGCGCUGCAGGAGCUGGCAGCACGCUGCUCCGGCCUGCACGAGAUACACUGCUUCUGCGUGGUGAAACCCUCAGUGCUGGGCGCCUUCCGUGCGCACUGCCCGCACCUGCGCAGCUACACACUCAAACUGAAGAGCGAGCCACAUCCCUGGCAGCCCACACUCUUGAAAUGAUUGGUCAACUCCCCCACCCUCAUCCUACAGACCGGAGGUCUCUGAGACGAGGCACGGAGUUUCCUGGGUGAGCUCCAACUGCCAGCCUUUUAGUGAUUCUGUUUGCUUUCUGUGCCUCUCUGGGAUUGGGACCUGUGGGAUGGCGUCCGAACCAUUCCAGGGCGCCCUGAGUCCACUUGGUGCUCUCAGCUUCUGCAGAUGCCAACUCUGUCCGGGUAGUAUUGAGCUCCCCCAUCCACCCCUCUGCAUACUCUGCCCCAGCUCUGCAGCCCGGGAUGGGAGGAGGGUGGGCCUGGGCACUGGUCAGGCCAUAGGAGUGAGUGUGAAAUAAACAGACCUUGAGAUA